AUGGCGUUCAACUGGCGAUGGCAGCAGAGGCGUGAGUUAGGGCUUAAGCCCGAACUUGGGAGCCUGUCGCAGCUUUACUGUGGCCUUUAUUCUAAUUUCAAAGCAGUCCAGACUUGGGAACCAGACAAGACUUCAGACCAUCCACACCAUGGGGGUAUCUUUAACUUCGAUUUUUCACCAGAGGGGUCAAUGCUCGUGGCUGCCUGUGAGCGUCAAAGUAUUUUGCUGUUUGAUCCUUUCAAUGCAAGAUUGGUCGGGCACAAAUCCAAGGCCCACACAGACUGUGUCAACUGCGUCAGAUUUCUCGAUUCUCGGGUUUUUGCCACUUGUUCUGAUGACACAACCGUUUCUUUAUGGGAUGUCCGUUUCUUGCGACAUGAGAUCCGAACGCUGCGUGGCCAUUCCAACUGGGUAAAAAAUAUUGAGUAUGAUGCUGAUCACAGUCUUUUGUUAACAUCUGGGUUUGAUGGCAGUAUAUACACAUGGGAUAUUAACAGCUAUUCUGUAAAUGAACCUAACUUUAAACGAGUUUUCCAUACACGUGGCUUGAUGCGAUCAAAGUUGACUCCCGAUUCCUCCAAAUUAGUCAUCUCCACAACUGAAGGUUACCUGAUCGUCAUCCACAAUCUGGACCUGUCCUGCCUCGAACAGGACUUGCGAGGUUUCAAACCCAAGUUUUACCGGUUUAUGCAAUUAGUACAGACCCCACGACACAGCACCACUCUCUACAAUCAUGUCUUUGAACGACAUCGAAACAGGGUUGAAUUCAUCAGUGAUUUUCCUGGAAGAGACGAAGCCUGUGUGAUUGCUUCCCUUCAGAUUCACCCUCAAGGUUGGUGUUGUUUGUCCCGGAAUACAAGCAGUGAUGAAAAUUCUGAGUGGACGUGUCUGCAUGACAUUCAAGAAAUGAAGACAGAUUUAUCGGAAAACGAAGAUUUAGAUGAUGUAGAAGAUGAAAUGCUUGACUAUAAUCCACAGCCAUCAACAUCUGGAGAACAGGUGCACCGUCGACCAAUUGGCUCCAUGUCUCCGAUCCCUACCAGAUCACGUUCGCCAACUUCCAAUUCUCGGUCCUCAAGUCCUUCUUGGCUGAUCUAUGUCCAUGUCCAGUCUCCAACACCAGAGAAUUCGGCAUCUGAUGACGAUGAUAAUUUGGAACCGGACGAUUAUGAUGACGAUUCUGAUCCUGCAGAAUUUGUACCCCGGGAACGUGCUCGGCCUACUCGUAACCGGAUGGUGUAUUACCGGACUCCCAGAGUUGAUACAAGUCCUACAUCUAAUGGUCAGGGUAGUAGCAACAAUGGCGAGACAACUAAUGACCAUUCCGGUUCUACAAGUUCGGCACCUCAGCCAGACCAAGGUUGGCAUCCUGUAGUGACCCCAGUUCAGGAUCUGCUAUCAGGAAUUAACCCUUCCAGGGUGGGAAGUCGCAGAUCAACAGCUGUUUUAGGCAAUGGGAAUUAUUAUUCUCCGAGCAGCGAGACUGCACCAAGUGCUGCCUCUGUGGGUUCUCCUGUUGCAGGAGCCAGUAGCGGUAAUGGCGGCAGCAACAGCAGCAAUAGUAGUAGCAGUGGAAUUGGAAGCAGUAGUGAGCAGGGCUCUUCCCAGAGUCCCGUAGAUUACACGUUUAUUUUCCGCACGGGAGGUCAGCAGAAACGAACGCUGGCUGUGUGUUCGGACAUCAAACCUUAUCCUUCUCACUUGUACAAAAUUCAUAAAAACCGACCCCGUCUUCUCUACUAUAGCGAGGAACCAAAUGUUGGGCGAGGCUUCAUCAAGGAACUCUGUUUUAGCCCUGAUGGUCGCCUUAUCUGUUCCCCCUUUGGGUUCGGGACUCGCCUGCUUGCCUUCAACCCCCAUUGCCUUGAACUUCCUGAUUGCGUCCCAUCCCGGCCCUUAAAGAUGUCAAUAAAUCUUCUUUCCUCCCCUUGUUCUCUUCUUUCUUCCUCUCCUUGUUCUCUUCCUUCUCCUUGUUCUCUUCUUUCCUCCUCUCCUUGUUCUCUUCUUUCUUCCUCCCCUUGUUCUCUUCUUUCCUCCUCUCCUUGUUCUCCUCUUCUUGUUCUUUUUCUUCUUGAUCUCUCGUGUUUUUAUCAUUCGUCCACCGCAAAAAAAACCCCAAAAAAACACUCGACUAUGCGACGAUCGUAG